GAGGGUCGUCUGUUUGGCGGGAAGUGUUUGGUAUGGCUGCAUUUUCACCGAAUUUACGCUAUAAACCAAACGACAAUUCACGGUUUUGUCAAGGUUGGUAAAUKUUUAUGGCCUUGGCUAUCGAUCUGUCAGGAUUUCAGCGAUGGGAUUGAACUCAAAGACGGAAAAAAGAGGCGCUGAUGUUUCAUUAUUGGAUGAAGGGGACAACGAUGAAAGACCAAGUAAAAAACUAAAGCAGUUAGAUAACAAGGGGGGAUUAAAUGCAAUUAUUGCGGAGGAGUAUAAAACAUCAUCAGGACCUCCCUCUCCUGUUCCAUUCUUGUCUCCAGAUGGGCAUGUAACCAAACCAGCAGAGAUAUUUCGUACUGAUUUAAUAAGUGCUAUGAAGCUGCCGGACACACAGAUGCUUAAUCCAGAGAACUACAUGACWAUUGUAGAUCCUUGGCGACAAGAAUGGGAAAGAGGUGUCCAGGUUCCUGUACAUCCUGAGUGGCUCUCACAACCAUCCUUUACGGUGGUCGAUGCUCCAAAAAAGACUACUAAUUUUAAACUAUCUGGAAAAUUAUUAAACUCAGAAGAGAAACGGAAGGGAAAGGCACCUUGCAAUUAUGACCUAAAUAGAAUAGAUGCAGAAUGGCUGACAAACCUAAAUAAAUCCAGGCAAGCUAAAGGACGACUUGAACUUGAGGAAAGUGUUCUUGAGAAGGCCAUUUCGUAUUUAGAAGACAAGUGCUAUGAGAAUCUUGGUUAUGCAAUUGUAACACAAGAAGGACUAAGUAUAGAAUAUGAUGAGAGUGUUUGCUGUGAUGUCUGUCAGUCACCUGAUAGUGAAGAAGGCAAUGAGAUGGUGUUCUGUGAUUCCUGUGAUAUCUGUGUCCAUCAAGCAUGCUAUGGCAUACAACAUAUCCCAUCAGGCAGUUGGCURUGUCAGCCAUGCAGUAGAGCAGUAACUAAGCCACCUUGUCAGCUUUGUACUAACCCUGGCGGUGCAAUGAAAAGAACUAAGAAAGGCAAGAACUGGGUUCAUGUCAGCUGUGCAUUAUGGGUACCUGAAGUAGGAUUUGGUUGUGUAGAGAGAAUGGAACCAAUUAUUAAACUAGAAAACAUCCCGGCAAGCAGGUGGAAUUUGGUGUGUUAUUUGUGCAGRGAGAAGGAAGGAGCGUGUAUUCAGUGCACGGUCAAGACAUGCAUGACAGCCUUUCACGUCACUUGUGGCUUCAAGAAUGGUCUUGAAAUGAAAACAAUUCUAGACGACACUGCAGUUGAUGGUGUUAGACACAUUUGUUACUGUGCUAAACAUGGACACAAGAACAAAUCACCUCCAAGAACACCAGAAAAGAUUAAACAAGACGCAGAAGAUGCGGAAAAUCAAAGACAAAAAAAGCUUAAGCAAAUGGAGACAGAGUUUUACAAGUACGUAGAUGUUGGCGAACUUGCUAAAGACCUUAAUAUGCCCAAGGAGUUAGCCUCAAGGAUACAUGCAUUCUGGACACUUAAGAGAAAGGCUCGAGACGACAUACCUUUACUGCCUCCAACCUUAGAGCAGCAAGAGAAGCUAUGUGGCAAACAGGGUGCUGCAAGCCGAACUCUACAAAUACAAAUAGAGGAACUUAUGAAGAUGCGAUGUGAUCUUGAAAGGUUGCGUAACUUGUGUUACAUGGUGAGCAAAAGAGAAAAACUUCGGCGGGAAUUAUUUCGCGUUCGUGAGCAAGUAUUCUGGAAGUCACGUGAUACCCUGACUGAAGAUCCCGUCGACGAUCAUGAUAUUCAGUGGAUCAGGGAGGCUUGUGGCAAGAACUUUUCAAGUGAUGGAAGUCUGCCACCAUCAUUGCCUUCUUUUGAAACCUCCUCGGAAUCUGUUUCUUCAUCGAGCGCGCCCRCGUGCAGCAGUGAAAAAACUGCAGCCGAGGAACUYCUUGUUGAGCACGAACCAAGUGACUGUUCCGAAGAUAACACGAAAGGAGGAUAUGAGUCGUCGGAUUCCGAAGACUCGCCUCGGAUCAAAACACGACGUCGAGUAAGGGGAGUCGGAAGGCCUCGUAAGCAAGUCGUGAAUCGCAUCCAGUCGGAUAACAGUGAUAAUCAACACGGUAGUAGUGUGAACAAAUCAAGUGGCGCUAAAGAUGGUUUGCAUUCAGAKAUCAUAACGGAAGAGGACGAACAGAAUGGAGUGAUGGCUCCUCGAAGAUCUUUAAGGUUUUAUAAAGUCAGCAUGUCAUCAGAUGAAGAUCACUCUGACAUCAAGGAUGAGACUUGCGAGCAAAAGCGAGUAGAGAGUCUUAAUGCCAGCAGUAUAGGGCUGAACAAACCUCGAACACGAGGACAAACAACAUCUGAAUCGACAUCGGAUGAUACGGAAUUGGAAUCAGUACGAAGUGAUGAAACUAGUCCAAGCAGAAUUCUACGAAGCUGUAAAAAAGUCAGGCAAGAAUGUAAUCCUAAAGACACAUCAAACRCUUCUGGGGACAUAGAUAUUACGCCGUCUAGAGAGACUAGACGGACGCGAAGCUCACAGAGCGACAAUGAAGGGAAAACUGAGAUCCAAUUMACAAAUACUGAUGUCUUUACUUCGUCUGUCGUCGCCGAUGUCAAUAAAGAAGAAAAAGUGCUCAAAGAGAAUAAUAUCCGCGGUAGAKGUGGUCGAAGUAGAACUCUAUCUCAAAGCGACGUCGAUGAAGAUAUUUUACCUGGCAAAAGAGCAAAAUUAGAAGUUAAAAGACGGUCAAAGGGACGAAGAAAAGUCCACGUGGAAUCAGACAACUCGCAGGUGAGAAUAACACAAUUUUUCAUGAAAAGAUCACCAAGACAAAAGCGUGGUAUCAAAUCACCGAAAGCUAAGUUCCUCAAUGGUUACAAGUCUCCGAAAUCUGCGAAAUCGACGGAAUCUGAAAGUUCCAAAUCUGACGAGGAGAAUUCAGAACACAGGGUAGAGCGUUUGUCAUCUUUGCGCUCGUUCAACCAKUGURGUGAUAACCUACCACCACAGUCGACGUGUCCAAAGUGUCAAAUCCAACAUGAUCAAAAAAGCAUGUCAAGAAGUCCCGACAGAAAAAACAAAGAACUGAGAGCCUGUAAUAUGCAGUCUCCAAAGUCGCGUAGCCGCCUUUUGUCAAGUUUGCGUUGUUCUCCCUCGCGUAAUUGCAGUAAUAGAAUGUCUCAGGUGRCGUCCGUCGUUUGACCAGACAUGUACAGUAGGRUUAAAGAUAACUGCGUAACUCUCCCUGUCGCAUGCACAUCGGAUUUGAAACACAUUGGAAUUUUUGUAUUUUGGUUGAAGAAGUUCCGCAAACCUAGAAAAAAAUACAGCCAUWUAACAACUUGUCAAAAUUUACUAGCGGUGUUUUUUAACCAUUAAAGUUUUUAUUUGCAUGACUAGAAUUUAUCCAAAGAGCUUAUAAUGCAACUCAAAAUGUUUUCCUUUAGAUACAAAAUGUUUCUCUAGAUACUAAAACGAUUUCAUCACAAUUUCUGUUUCUACUUCGCCUUGAUUUUAAAGGCUGGCUCUAAAGUUUGUGGUAUGCGACUGGGAAAGUUGCGCCUUGUAACUAAAAUGAAACUAAUUAUUCACGUAGAAGUAUACGUUAGUACACUAGUCUUUGACUAUGGAAGGCUUUGAUUUGAACAACUGACGGGGAAUCGUGAUGACAUUUUGUACUGCACUAGAAUCUAAUUGGCUGGUUUUAGUGACCCGAGGGAGGUGGGGGGUUCAAUUGACUGUUAGUGCAGCAUACAAGACGUCAUCCAUAGGGUAAAAGUUAUUUGGAGAUGUUUGAUAUCAUGAGGGAGCGGACGACGAAAAUCAGACUGUUUUUAUAUAGGCUUUUAUGGAGCACAUUUUACUGUAUCACAACCUGACGUUAGGGACGUCUAUUUUCAUAGCCAUUUUGUGCACAAUCGGUCAGCAAGUGUUUUUAAACCAUAAAAGUACUAUUAAACGUCCUAUUGUAUGCAUAUUUACCAGAUUCUAYGAAAAGAAGGCGUAUUUAAAAUAUCUGGUUUGUAGUUGGGCUUUGUASUUAUCAAAAUUACAACUGACGCUUGUACCAUUGAAGUGUUCCGCUCUUUGAAAAGCGAUUCGGUCUAAGAUUUUAAGUGAAGGAAGUCUUACAAAGCAACACGAAUGAGUAGCGAGGCUACCAUCUCAUAGUUGUAGCCUUGUGAUAUAGCAGCCUUGCUCGUGGUGCUUGUAAGCAGGGGUUAUAAGAUAAUGCAGAGCGGAUAACAAAAUCGUACAAUGUUUCAUUGUACAUUAGGACUCGAUGCUACUUGUAGAACAGAUUUUCGUUGUAAAUUUUCUUUGGAAGAAAAGACACAUAGCUGAAUGAAGCUCUACUUGUGGCUUUGAAUCCUCAUGACUUAGGAGCAACGUUGGAMGUUAACGUUUUACGAAUUUCGUUAUCUGUGUUAUCGAAUUAUUUAGUCCAUUAARUAACAAUGAAAGAGGUUCAGUUGGUAUAAAUCAGUAGAUGUUUGCACUCGGUGGACUAGUCUUAGUUUAAAUUAAUACACACAGAAAUGAAAGACAUCAGAGAAGUUACUCGAAAAAGAAAGCUAAGUCCGAAAGGGAGCACGGGAAGGCAAUUUUUUGGCUUGUGGUAUGGUGUCCAUGGAAAACGAUCGACACUGCAAAUGUGCACGUUCUUAGAUAAUGGACUAUUCUCUUAAAAUCUCAUUACUGAAUAGUCAGUACGGCAGUAGCCUCGUUCCUAGGAUGGAAAUCAAUAGAAUAAUCGAUCAAUUUAUACAUAGAUUCGAGGCUUGUGUUGGAAUCUUGAGAAUGGUCAAUAUGAUCCCCACAUUUCAGUAUACCCAAAAUCCACUUCGGUCUUAGCUUCUUUGAGCCCACGUUUCUUAAUUUGGUCACUGUGUUUCGUUAUGGAUCGAAAGAUAUUGGGUGAAGGCCUAUCAAGGCUGAUUUCACAAAGCAAAUUAUGGCAACAGUAUCGUGUUUGUAGUAUAGCACACAAAUAUAUUGAUCUCUUAAAAGUUUUUAGCUUUUAGAUCAUGAGUGUAAUCUCGUCAAUAUUUUAGCAAAUUAAAGAUGGAGAAGGAGAAAUCUCUA